AUGACUCAGCAGGGAGCUGUUCUUCAGUGUUACAAUAAUGAGCUAGUGAAAUGCAUUGAAGACUUGUGUAUGCAAAAAGAAGAGCUAAACAAACAAAUCCAGCAAGCAGAAGAGGAGAAAAAUAAACUCCAGCAUGAAAUACAAGUCCUCAAUGAACAACUGGAGUGUGUAUGUGAAAACCUGGCCCAAAAAGUAGCUUCACGGAAUGAGCUCGAUAAAAUUCUUGCUGAAACUGAAGCUGCUUAUAUGAAGAUUUUGGAUAGUUCUAGAACUUUGCUUAAUGUCCUGAAGAAGGAAGUGGGAAGUUUAAAGCAUACACCAGAACUGAAAACCAAUGUAACAUGA